UUGCCCAGGUCUUUGCAUAGUGUAGCAACUUAAAACGAGUGAAGAACGGCAUUUCUUGUCAUCUGUAUCGAGGCAGCAUUGUAAGAUGGUGGCCGGAUAAAAUUACUUUGGAUUUUUCCUACCCCCUUGCUGUGUCAGCGCACCACAUAACGACUGAACCCUGAGAUGACCGAGGUGGAGCCGGCGCUGGACUUUGCCUCCUCGACGCGCUCGGGGCGGCGCAAUGCCCUGCCCGACAUCCUGGGCUCCCCGGCGGGGGUCAGCCCCACUGACCUGCCCCUCAAGCUGGCCGAACUCUCCGUCACAGACGGUCCAGGUGGAGCCCAGUCCCCCACCUCAGAGGAGGCUCCAGCCCCACCGGAGAGUGCCGAGGUCAAGGACGGCUCCUAAAACUCCCCUGCCCCACCACCAGGGGGCGCAGUCGGACUUCUCUCCACUAGGGGACAGCAGAGGGUGGAGGAGGGAUGGAGGGAGGAAGAGGAGGGGUGCAACAGAUUCCCCUCUAGCUGAGCUACUGGGAGUGAACUGUGGGGUCGCAAGCGGUGGGACCACCUGACACCUGACUGGAAAACACACUGAUGUGUGUGUGUGUGUGUGUGUGUGUGUGUGUGUGUGUGUGUGUUUGUGAGUGAGUGUGUGUAUAAACACGUCUAUGCGUUUUUAUGUGUGUUUGUAUGUGGUGGGUGAGUUCACUCUCACACAAAUUCACACACCCACCCACACGCACGCACGCGCGCGCACACACACACACACUCACACACAUACAUAUAUAAACACACACCGUAAGCAAGUGGAAGCGACCACAGGACUUCAGGUGCUGUGAUUAGACCUUGGUCAUUGUUUUCCAAAUAAAAAGGAAAACUGAAGUGGACUUCUGGUGAUGAUUAGAUGGUGGUAAAUUGUAACCAGUACAUUUUAUCAGUGGGACAUUUCUUUGUGCCGGAAUUUUCUAUGGAGGAUUUAGACUCACCUGAUCCAGACGGAUGGUCAUUGCCUUGGAUAUGUUUGUACUGUGUGUGUGUGUGUGUGUGUGUGUGUGUGUGUGUGUGUGUGUGUGUGUACCUAUACUCCUAGGAAGACACCAGUGUGUUCUAUUGGGACUGUCAUGUUUGAUUAAGGGGCAGGAUUCCUCUUCCGAGCAUGGAGCUCCAUUGCAGUAGUGUACAUCUGGCCUGGGAAGAAGUGUAUUUUUUUUCAGGUUUGGUUCAGUGUGUAUUUGAAUGAGAGUGGUGGUAUGUGUGGUGUGUGUGCUUUCUGGUUCCUGGGUUGGCUCAGUGUGUUUUUGAGUGAGUGGUUCGGUCGGUGACUUUUGAUUUUUUUGUGUGUGUGUGUGUGACAGAAAGAAAGAGAGUGAGAGAGAGAGAGAGAGAGAGAGAGAGA